CAACAGAUGAAAAGUCGUUCCAUUCGAAUCAGUCGUAUAGCAAUCGUGGCUUUGAUCGGUCAAAUCUCGGUGCGGUGCCGGUUUUCAAUGGUUUGAUUUUUACCUAAACGAAAAGUGGAAGUUUUCCGUAAAGCUGUUUUAUUUUGCAGAACAGCUGGCUAUAAAAGCCAGAAAGGUGUCCACAGUGAUUGUGUUUGAAAAUAUUCAUAAAACGGUUUGGUGCACAAUCCCGUGGGAAUAUACAAGCUCCAAAGAUAAAUAAGCUCCAGGCAAAUAAUGAGAUGAAAUCCAGAUACGGCCAGAUAGAGGCAGAUGAGUUUGUAAAUACAUAUCAGUUGAAGCACGUUUGAGAACUCAAACGGGUGACAGACAGACGCCACAAAAAUGACCGUCAUUGCAGAACCACAACAAACAUCCGCCGGCGGUUUGGCCGUCGUUCAAAAGAACGUACCCAACGCUGCCGCCGCGACAGGUCAAUUCAACCAAGCGUUCGAGCUUAACGACGUCGAAGGCGCCAAAAAUGGUUCAACACCUGAUGGCAAAGCGCGCAGCGGGUACCACCCUGACGACGACGGCGGCGGUGGCGGAGGCCAUGGCAUCGAAUCCGACCAUCCGACCAACUAUUUGGAAACCAUCAUGCACAUCUUUAAGGGCAACGUCGGUCCCGGGCUGUACGCCAUGGGGCAGGCAUUCUACAACGGUGGCAUUCUCGUGUCACCCAUACUGACCGUCCUGCUCGGCAUCACGUGCAUUCACAGUCAACAUCUGUUGCUGAUUGCGUCGAAGAAAAUUAAAUCUAAAUUACCCGCGUCGAACAAAUAUCCCGAUUUUGCGGAAACGGUUGAGCUCUGUUUCGAACAUGGACCGAUACGAUUUCAACGCUGGAGCCGAGCGAUGCACCUAGCCGUAAAUAUCUUCAUUUGCGUCACCCAGCUGGGUUUUUGUACUGUGUACUUCGGAUUCAUAAGUAACAAUCUGAAACAAAUCUACGACUACUACGGAAUCCAUCUGGACGUCCGAUUACAUAUGGUGAUAAUCCUGGUGCCGAUCUUGCUCCCGUCUCUGAUCCGCAACUUCAAAUACCUGGCCUGGUGUAUGACCCUUGCCAAUGCGUGCAUGAUCCUCGGAAUUUGCAUCACAGCCUACUACGCCGUGCAGGAUCUCCCUGCGAUCAGCGAACGGAACUACUUCUCCAGUUGGCACCAAUUGCCGCUCUACUUUGGUACCGCAAUCUUCGCGUUCGAAGGAAUUGCAUUAGUCCUACCGUUGCAGAACGCCAUGAAGAAACCCGAAGACUUCGGACGGCCUCUGGGGGUGCUCAAUGUAGGAAUGGCCGUCGUCACGUUCAUUUUCACCGGAUUGGGCUUUGUUGGAUACCUUCAGUGGGGUGACGACGUCCAGAGCAGUCUGACACUGAACAUCCCACACGAUGAAAUACUGGCACAGAGCGUCAAAGUUAUGGUUUCCUUAGGAGUCCUACUCGGGUACUCCCUGCAGUUUUUCAUCGCAAUUCAAAUUAUGCUACCGACCGUGCUGAAAACUGUCUCCUUUGGUAGAAACCAUCCGGUGCUAAUUGAUUUGGCUUUCAGAACUGUCAUGGUUUUGAUAACCUUUGCUAUAGCGGAAUGUAUUCUCAAUGUUGGAGCGUUAAUCUCACUAAUUGGGGCGUUGUGUUCAACAUCUCUGGCCCUAGUGUUUCCACCUGUAUUGGAGUUAAUUUUAGGACUUGCCGAUAACGAGUGCGCUGAUACAACAACGACAGGAGAGACCAAAUCCAGCAAUAGUAUAGGCGUUUUUGUGUGGGUUAAGAAUAUUCUGAUAUUAGUGCUGGCAUUGUUCAUAUUUGUUACGGGGACUAUCGAAAGUUUAAAUGCUAUUCGACACCUUCAGUAGAUUUGUGAUAAUCAUA